UUAACAGCAAAUAAAGUUAGAAAAAAAAUGAACGUUAUCAAGUUUUUACUAAAUUUUUAAUAAUGUUCUUAUUAGGUAAGAAGUUGGCUGGCGGUGGCACGUGAUGUAACUGUUGCUAAUUUUUUCAGGAAUAUCGAAGAAUCAUCGAUCUGUUCCUACCGUAGGGAACACACCAAUAGGCAUAGACAGGAGUCAGUCAACAGCUUCAAAGAAUCACUUCCCAUGAAUGGUGUGCUCGGAGAAAAUCCAUCACCCAUUGCAGACAACGAGCUCGAGUUGCCUGGAGAAACCUGCGUGACCUUGGCACAACUUAGGUCUGGAUAUCCAGUCCCCGCACGACCCUAACCACCUCUUCAAAUGCCACCUUAAACCGACUCAUCUAACCCCCCUCUCCCUCUGGUCCAAUCUUGUCGAAACAGCAAGCUUCCUGGACCUCCCACUAGAUGGCCUCGGCGACUUAGAUUGAUUAAACCUGUACAACAAAUACGUCGGUCGAUAUCUCUCCUUUCUCCUGGUAUCCACCAUCUGAGCCCGUGCAACCGGGCGGAACUUCCUUGCAGACAACAGCCGAAAGCUGAGCCGCCUCUAAGUACAGUACAAGUAAAGUUAGUGCUAGACAUUACAGACUCUAUGUAGCACCAAAGUCACAUAGCCGCUGGACGGAGUGGGCUACCGAUAACGUCUCAAAGCUGUUCACAUUCACAUUAACUCUUCUCGUGAAUGGCGUAGUCGGGGGGGCCAGCCACCACCCGUAGCAGAUGAAAAGUUUGAGCUCUUGACCCUCUUAAAAGGAUGCAGGCUUCUUACCUAUACAGAGUCCCUCUAAUCAUCUAAGAACCCUCUGUAGUUCAUACUGGUCGAAAAUUAUAUUUGGCCGAACCCCCACACCCCCUCCCCAUUAUUAGAUAAACUUAACGACAUACACCAGCUUCUAAGCUAGAUUUAAGCAAGUCACUAACAACAACAACAAUGGAAUCGUGAUAUCGCCCAUGGCUAACUCAUCAGAAUUUUCCCUCGGGCCGGAACUGGUUUAAAUGCUAGUACAGAUGAGAGUGAUUGUACCAACUCUGAUGGAGGUGCUUCCUUCGUGCAUAUUUUUAAAAUUCAUUUAUAGAGGUAAGGGUCCUAAGUUGCCGAAAAACUUCUACUCUUGGUCUGAUAAAAACCGCCGUUUAAUUUAAAUUCUAUUACGUUAUUCAAUUUAAAUAAUACUGCGCCCUUUAAACUUUCAAUGCAAUUCAAAAUACAACUCUGUUUAGACAUAAAAACAGCUGAUUGAUAACUUUUGACAUUUGUGUUAGUUGUUUACAUUUGCAGCAGUUGUAUCAAGGAGAAUCCUUCUCAGCAAUUGUAUACGUUUGAAACAUUAUUUAUACUGUAAAUUUUUUUAUACUCAAAAAAAAAUAUCAGCUCAUCAUCAUGGGUCGCGCAGAAGUCGGUACACCAAAGUACCUUGCCAACAAAAUGAAGGCCAAAGGUCUGCAGAAGCUCCGUUGGUACUGCCAAAUGUGUGAGAAACAGUGUCGUGACGAAAAUGGUUUCAAGUGCCAUACCAUGAGUGAAUCUCAUCAGCGUCAACUCUUGUUGUUCGCCGAUUCACCAGGAAAAUUCUUACAUAGCUUCUCCAAAGAAUUUUCAGAUGGCUACAUGGAGCUGCUGCGACGACGCUUUGGUACUAAACGCGUUAAUGCCAAUAAAGUUUACCAGGAAUAUAUUUCUGUAAAAGAUCACAUACACAUGAACGCCACACGUUGGCUUACACUUUCAGACUAUGUGAAAUGGCUUGGGCGAACCGGUCAAGUGAUAGCGGAUGAAACAGAAAAAGGUUGGUAUGUCACCUACAUAGAUCGCAGUCCAGAAGCAUUGGAGAGACAAGCAAAAGCCGAAAAAAAGGAAAAAAUGGAGAAAGACGAUGAGGAACGUAUGCUUGAGUUUAUUGAGAAACAAAUAGAAAAAACCAAGAGUAAAGAUGGCGAGCAGCAGGAUGAGAGCGAAAAGUACACUGAACUCAAACGUGAUGAAGAACAACCGCUGAAGCUGGAUAUAAAAUUGGAAAAAAAAUUCAAUCCGGAUUCAAAAUUAGGACCGUCUGCGCUAGUGUUGAAACGCCCAAAAGUAGAACAACGUACAGAUGACAAUACAGAAGAUGAAGACUAUGAACAGGAAGAAAAAGUCUUUAAAAAGCCCAAAACGCCCAAGUUGGAAAAGCGUAAGGAUAACUACAAAGAAAGCAAUAAAUCUGCUUUAGAUGAAUUAAUACAAGAAGAAGAAGCGAAAAAAGAACGUGCAAAUCGCAAAGACUAUUGGUUACACACUGGCAUCGUGGUGAAAUUCAUUAAUAAAGCCAUGGGCGAUAAAUUCUACAAACAAAAGGCUGUGGUGCAGGAAGUCAUUGAUAAGUAUCGUGCAAAAAUUAAAUUUUUAGACACCGGCGAUAAGCUAAAAGUCGAUCAGGCACAUUUGGAAACCGUCAUACCAGCGCUAGAUAAACCGAUUUUGGUGGUAAAUGGCGCCUAUCGCGGCUGUGAAGCGUUAUUGAAAAAAUUAGAUGAACGAAACUUUUGUGUUACGAUAGAGAUUUCACGUGGACCACUCAAGGGACGAAUUGUGGAAAAAAUACAAUAUGAAGAUAUAUCGAAGAUAUAUUAAUAAUAUUGAAGAUAAUGAUAAUUCCGUACAAUUUUUUACAAUAUAAAAACCUCUUACAUUUUGGAAAAUGGUUUUUGGAAUUGUUUAGAUAUAAGUGUAAUCUAAAUAAAAAGCUGUUUUAAAUAAAAAAAAAACGAAGUUUUAAGAAUUAGCAUACUUAUCACUGCACCGCUUGUUGCAUUUCAAAAUUAGGUAAAUGUAAACAUUUAUAUAAAAUGUAAAAUAAAUCAAAGACCAAAAUUUCA